AUGGCCUCAAUCGCCCGCCAGUCUUCCCUCCUCCGGCAGUCCUGCCUCUCUGCUUUCCGCUCGCCAUUCGCGACCAGAAAUGGCGCCGGCGUGUCGCAGGUUGUGGCCUUCCAUGCCUCCGCGAAGAAGCAGAUCCUGCCUCCUUUGCCUCAGACCAUUCAGGGAACGAUGAACGACCCUGCUCCCAUCCCCGCCCCUCACCCCUCGGAGGGAAGCUACCACUGGACCUUUGAGAGAGCUAUCUCCGCCGGUCUUGUCCCUCUCACUAUUGCCCCAUUCGCUGCUGGCUCUCUCAACCCGGUCAUGGACGCAGUCCUUUGCUCCUUCAUCGUUCUUCACUCCCACAUUGGAUUCCAGGCUGCCAUCAUUGACUACUUCCCCGCUCGCCGUGUUCCCAAGACCGCCACAUUCUGCAACUGGCUCCUGCGUGCCUUCACUCUUACCACUGCCGUCGGUCUGUAUGAGUUCGAGACGAACGACGUUGGUGUAACAGAGGCCUUCAAGAGGGUGUGGAAGGCAUAGAUUGUUACAUUGAUAUAUCCCUGUUUCUGAUUACUUUCUUUUGAACUUUCCUUCCGUUCAGGCGUUUUGCCUAUGUACAUGCUGUUUCUGUUAAAGUAAGCCAGUCCAGCUGGUUGGCGCUCUUGGUAUUGAGCUAAAAGAUAUGUAACUGUUCGAAUGGAUACUAUUGGCAAAUUUUUCUUUCUGCUUUU